CAUCGAGGCAGGAUGUACGGCGGUGCUCUCCCUCCUCCUCCACCUCCUGAGUAUUCCUGGCGGGCAGCGAUGAGCAAGCAGAAGAGACGCAACGCCUUCUUCUUCUACUUCAUGAUGGCCAAGAAACCCGAAGUGGAGAAGCGGCUCAUGAGGAAGGUGGAGAUGGCCAAGCUGGUGACGGCGGAGUGGCAGGCACUCCCAGAGGAACAGUGGAAGAAGUACCAGCUGAUGACCGGAGAAAGCAGGGAGAGGCUGGAUUGCCGAGGGGUGACGCUGCGCUGCCUUGACGAGGCUGCCCAGGAGAAAAAGCACCAGGCCGAGGAGAUGAAGAGGGACAUUGUCGACUUGGUGGACAUUAUGUGUGUGUGUGUAGGGACCAUUAAGAAACAUGAUCCACCACCGCCUGGUUAAUAUGUGCCGCCGACGAUCUGUUCAGCAGGAUGCAGCGUGCUCUGAGGCGGCCCCGGGCAGGAGGCAACAUGUGACCUCGUGCGCCAAACCUUUGACCUCUAUUCAGGAGCAGACUCGUCUCGUCUGGUCUCCCCCAGCAUCCAGGCAGCAUCUUGAAGGCCUGACUGGUUCCUUCGGCUCAGUGGUCUCGUCUCUGUCUCCCUCCCUGCAAGAGUUUAGUGCCAAGAAUGUGUGUGUGUGUGUGUGUGUGUG